UAAUUGCUCUUUAAAAAGGCAAUGCAUUUCACUCACUCAAAAUAACGAUAUUGGAAUUGUUGAUUAUUUUAAAUCACACAACUAAUACUAUUUAUAUCCUAAAUUAAGGCUUCUCCCACAAAUCCCAAAACCCAAAAAAUAAAUUUAAAAAGAAACCCCAAAACAUUUCCAAUUAUUGCAUCCAUGUCCCUUGACUCAGAAUCCUCUCCUUCCUCCAGUAGGGACUGGUUCUUCCCUUCACCUUCCUUCAUCCACUCCACUUCCCACCAUUCACGAUCCGCAAAUUACCCUCGGAAGUUCACCACGAUCCCCAGACACUCCCCCCCUUCCGAUUGGAAGAAGCCCCAUAAAACGCCCACGUUUCGAAGCGUUUCGUCCUCUAGUUCCGCCUCCUAUGGAGACCCCAACUACGGAAGGCUUCGCCGAAGAGUCGACUUCACUCUUAGGAGCCAGAGAACGUCGAAACACGAAGAAGAAGUCGCCGUUUUGGAACAGAAACGGGGCGUUUCGAAUGCCGUUUCGGUUGAGAAAACGGCGUCCGGCGAAAUGGGUAUCCGGAUUGCGGGUCAACGGUUUAAAAUCCGGUGGCAGAUGGCCUUCUCUAUAGCUGUUUUAAUUACAGCUUUUGGUUCUUUGGUUCACAAGAAUUUCUCUUUACAUAACCAAGUCAUUGACUUGCAGGACCAAAUAUCGGCUCUGAAUAUUAGAUUACAAGCUUGCAAUUUGUUGGACCCUCUAGAUACUAUUUCUUUAUUGCAAGAGAAUGAUCAUCUUUCCAGAAAAGGCUUAAAGAUUCUAGCUCUGAUGGUCUCAAUUGCACUGUUAUCCAUGCCUAUUUUUGUUUUCAAGUAUAUUGACUAUAUCUCUAAGUUGAGAUCCUCAGAUAAUUCUUCUGAAAAGGUUGCACUUAAUACACAACUUGAAUAUCGGGUUGAUGUCUUUUUAUCAGUUCAUCCAUAUGCAAAGCCCCUUGCUUUACUGGUUGCAACUCUAAUGCUUAUUUGUCUCGGAGGGUUGGCACUCUUUGGCGUCACUGAUGAUAGCCUAGCAGAUUGCCUUUGGUUAUCUUGGACUUUUGUUGCUGAUUCAGGUAACCAUGCCAGCUCUGAAGGAAUGGGUCCCAGAUUAGUUUCUGUUUCUAUAAGCUUUGGUGGGAUGCUUAUAUUUGCAAUGAUGCUCGGGCUUGUUUCUGAUGCAAUUUCUGAGAAAUUUGAUUCGUUAAGGAAAGGAAGAAGUGAGGUUGUUGAGCAAAAUCACACUCUAAUUCUUGGGUGGAGUGAUAAGUUGGGUUCAUUGCUCAAUCAACUUGCCAUAGCUAAUGAGAGUUUGGGUGGAGGGAUUGUUGUAGUGAUGGCUGAACGGGACAAGGAGGAGAUGGAGCUUGAUAUUGCUAAAAUGGAGUUUGAUUUCAGAGGGACAUCUGUGAUAUGCAGAAGUGGAAGCCCUCUGAUUGUGGCUGACCUGAAAAAAGUAUCUGUCUCCAAGGCCCGUGCAAUCAUUGUCCUUGCUGAAGAUGGAAAUGCUGACCAGAGUGAUGCCCGUGCUUUGAGAACGGUCUUAAGUUUGACAGGAGUAAAGGAAGGGCUAAGAGGACAUAUUGUGGUGGAACUAAGUGAUCUUGACAAUGAGGUUCUGGUUAAACUUGUUGGUGGAGAACUUGUUGAAACUGUAGUAGCUCAUGAUGUUAUUGGACGCUUGAUGAUUCAAUGUGCACGGCAGCCAGGACUUGCUCAGAUAUGGGAAGAUAUCCUUGGCUUUGAAAAUUGUGAAUUCUACAUAAAAAGAUGGCCGCAAUUGGAUGGUAUGCAAUUUGAGGAUGUAUUGAUCAGUUUUCCUGAUGCUGUUCCUUGUGGAGUCAAGGUUGCUUCCCGGGGGGGUAAAAUUAUCCUGAAUCCUGAUGACUCAUAUGCUCUACAAGAAGGCGAUGAAGUGCUUGUUAUAGCUGAAGAUGAUGAUACCUAUGCUCCAGGCGCAUUACCUAUGGUCAAAGAAGCAUCAUUCAUGCACAUUGCUCGACCAGCAAGAAAGCCCCAGAAGAUUCUACUUUGUGGAUGGCGGAGAGACGUUGAUGAUAUGAUUGUGGUUUUGGAUGCCUUCCUAGCUCCUGGAUCAGAACUCUGGAUGUUCAAUGAUGUUCUUGAAAAUGAGAGGGAAAAAAAGCUUAUUGAUGGUGGUCUAGACAUCAAUAGAUUGACAAAUAUAACAUUGGUUAAUCGUGAAGGUAAUGCAGUUAUACGACGUCACCUAGAAAGUCUUCCCUUGGAAUCUUUUGAUUCGAUCCUAAUUCUGGCUGAUGAAUCUGUGGAAGAUUCAGCUAUUCAAGCUGAUUCAAGAUCUCUUGCCACAUUACUGUUGAUUCGUGACAUUCAGGCCAAGCGUCUUCCAUAUAGAGAAGCUAUGGUAACCCGAGGUCACAGAGGAAGUUUCUCACAAGGUUCUUGGAUAGGGGAGAUGCAGCAAGCUUCCGAUAGAUCAGUAAUAAUCAGUGAAAUUCUGGAUCCAAGGACUAAAAAUUUAUUAUCCAUGUCUAAGAUUAGUGAUUACGUUUUAUCAAACGAGCUAGUCAGUAUGGCAUUAGCCAUGGUUGCAGAGGAUCGGCAAAUAAAUGAUGUACUGGAAGAGCUUUUUGCAGAAGAGGGAAAUGAGCUGCAUAUUCAACAAGCGGAUCUAUACCUUCAUGAAGGUGAAGAACUGAGUUUCUAUGAAAUAAUCUUACGAGCUCGGCAGAGGAGAGAGAUUGUCAUAGGUUACCGUUUAGCAAAUGCCGAGAGAGCUGUUAUCAAUCCCCCAGCUAAAAGUGAGAGAAGAAGAUGGUCAGAGAAGGAUGUAUUUGUGGUAAUCACGGAGAAGGAAUGAGAUGCUUGUUCUUUAUUAUGCUGACAUGUAAGAUUCCAUUUGAAAUGGCUGAAAAAUCGAAAUUCUUAUCAAUCUGAAAAGUCUGGUCACUAUCCUAGCUUCAA